UUUUCCAAUCAUUAUCGAAAAAAUCGAACGAAUUCCACUUGCCUCUGCGUUGGUUUUGGAAAUUCCUGACAGCCCAAAAAAAAUAUAGAAACAAGCGUUGUGAAAUUAGUCCACUUAUACUUAAAGAUUAAUCUAAACUUUCAAGAAAGAAAUAGACAUAAAUUAGAAAAAAGCGAAUGAAGCAUUCAUCUUCCAAUAAUCUACGCCUACGGUUGUUAAUAUAAACAAAUAGAUAAAUGGCGACGAAUGAUGGUAUUGGCACACAGAAAGAAAUUGAUGAUUUUUUAAACAAGGUUGAUGAAAUAGAAAAUCUGGUGAAAACGAUGAAAUAUGGAAAGGGUCAAGAUGUGUCUACAGCAAUGAAGAAAGCUGAUGAAUUGAUUGAUGAUAUUAGUAAAAAGAAGGCUGUCAAUGAACAUAAAGAUGAAGAUGGCCUUCCUAAGACUAAAACAGGUUUCAAUAAGACUGUUAUUAACAAGAAUGAAAAUGAAUCCUCAGGUAUCACUCCAGUAGAAAACCAUGGAAUUAAUCAGCCAGUAAACCAAGACGCUUUUAUGGCAACGUUAGAAGCAGAUGCUAAGGAAAGAGCUGAAAAGAGGAAGAUCAGAGAAAAAGAAGCCAACAUUUUGAAAGAACAGGGGAAUGAGUACUUUAGACAAGAAAAUUAUCACUUAGCUCUAACUUGCUAUUCAAAGGCUUUGGACCAGAUAAAAGACAUUACAGUGUUAUAUACAAACAGAGCUCAGACUCUGAUUAAAAUAGAGAAAUACAGAGAAGCAUUAACAGACUGUGAUUGGGCUUUAAGGUUAUCACCAAACUGCAUUAAAGCUCACAUUCACAUGGGAAGAGCACACCUAGGACUGAAAGAUUAUAAUAAAGCAAGAGAUUGUUUCCAAGAGGCUAAAAAGUUUGAUUCAAAAAUGGAAAAUGUAAUGAAAGAAUAUUUGUCAGAAGUAGACAGGGCUGAGGAACAAGAAAAAGAAGAAAAAAAGGUUAAAGAGUUAUUUGAAAGUGGUAAUGAGAAUUGCUGUGGUAUUGCUUAUCUACUGGAGAAAGUUUUAAAACCAGAUCAACUACCAAUUUAUUAUGCUGGAGGUUUCAAACUUCUUGGCUCUGCUGUAAAUAAUAAUGAAGAAAGAACACUAUUCAGAACAAAAGGAGGUUUGCGUCUGAUAGAAGAACACUCAUAUUUUCCAAAGUGUUUUGCUACAUCUCCAAGGAGCUUAUCUCAGGAAGAAUUAGACAUGUUAACAGCUGGUAUAAAUAUGUUUAAUAAAGCAUGCAUUGACUGUGAGACAAACCAACAAUUGAUUGUAACAUCCAAUGGAUUUCCAAAUAAGUUUUUAAGAUUUUUAGAAGUAAAAAUAAAAGGUAAUGGAAAAGUUAUGAAGUCAGCAUGUAUUAAUUUCCUGAAUACAGUUGCAUUGACAGAACUUGGAAGGUCGACUGUUAUCCUCACAUUCAAUAUGAUAAGGCUAUUAACAUUAUUAUAUGACCUGGUUCGAACUAAUGCUAGCUUGGCAGUCAUGGCUGGUUACAUCUUAAACAACUUGGCUUUAGAUAAGAGAUUUAAGCAACAGAUCCGUGACAAAAUGGAUGAUAUCUUACCAUCAUUUGAAACUCUGCUGAAAGAUAAUUCAAGUGUUUUACAUGUCCUUCCCUCCUGCAUUUCAACAGUGAUGAACCUAUGCUAUGACCCUCAUAUUCGACUUAAAAUCUUGAACAGGAAUGAGAUGUGGAAAGCUAAUGUAGACUUAUUGGUUAUCCACAAAGAUAAAUUAAAAGAACCAGUCAGCAUUGAAUUAGUUGAAUCAUGUCUUGGAAUGUUAGCAAAUCUAACAUACGAACCAUCUCAAAAUAUGAAGGAAUUUAGUUUGCCUAUUUGUAAAAAUUGUUUAGAAUUAUGUUCAAAGUUCAAGCAUUACAAACUGAUAGUUCAAAGAGCAUUUACUAUUCUCGGCCAUAUUCUGCCACAUUCCAUUCCAACAGUAGAUUGGUUCUGUGAAAAUGCAGGGCAUGAACUUUUGCUGUAUUGUAUAAAGAAUGAAGAAGAAUUGGAAGAAAAUAAGAAAUCGGCAUUAAAGGGUUUAGCAGGAUGUACUCAAAUAAAUGAUCAGGCUAGAAUAUUUAUUGUUGAUCACAAAGGUUUGGGUACUUUGGUUAAAUCCAUUAAGAGUUGUGAUGAAAGUGUAAUUGGCAAUGCAGCUCUUUGUUUAGGUCACUGCACGCAAAUUCCAAAAGUUUGUGCAGCUCUUACAAAAACAGAUAUUAUGAAGGAUCUUCUUGUAUUAGCCAGAGAUGGAAAACGCCCACAGUUACAAAAGAACUGUGCUAUACUGAUAGCAAAACUUGCUCAGGGUGACACUAGGCAUUUGGAAAAGUUACGUGAAUUGCAUGGAAUUGAAAUACUGCACAGUUGUAUGAACUACAUCAAGACAUGAUAGCAAAUUCGUUUGUUUUAAGUAUUACAGGACAAUCUUCAAAGUGUAUAUAUAAAUAUAAUUGUUGACAGUCGUGUCAUUUCUCUUUUAAAAAUUGAUUUUAUAAUAUUAUUUCUGUGAAAAUAAAUCUGUGGAAUUUU